AUGCCAAAUCUUUCUAUCCUCAGUUCUUCCCUUUUUAUGGAUGACAUGCGACGACAUUCUAGACUUAUGGACAAAUAUCUUCCGCGAUUGGAAAGUUGGUCAGGAAUCGAUAUCCGACAUUUUUUUCAUAGAUCAAUGGUCUCGGUCACCUUUCUCUUUCUAACCUGUUCUGUCGUUUUAUGCUCUGCUAAGCACAGAUAUGACCGAUUACCACGAGCUUCGGACUUAGCUGAAUGGAAGACAACCGAAUGUGCAGUAUUGAAUGGCGAACACACAGAACCCUGCCCGUCGCCAGGUCCAAGAGGAGAAUGGCCGUGUAUCAGAUACUCCGAUUUGUGUAAUGGUCAACGUGACUGUCCGAAUGGCGAAGACGAAUCACCGACACAUUGUCAUAUUCAUCAAUUGCAUCGAGCGGAAUUGGAUGCGAUUCGAAAAAUAAUCCAUCGAAUGACCGUUGAAUUCAAUCGAAAAGUAGCAAAAAUGGAACACUUAGAUAAUCAUAGAAAAAUCGACACAUUUAAGUUAUAG